UAUUUUUCCGCUGCUAUUUUAAGCAGUUCUAUAGGGGCAUCAUCUCCUGCUGUUCCUACAAAUGCUGGCAGCGCAGACUGGUUUGGUCAAGUGCAGAACUCGAAAGGUUCUCGCAUUGGUUCGCAGCCCAUGUGGACUUCAUUGAGCACUAGUGCUGGUGAUUCUGCUCUUGGAUCAUCUCAACCUUCGUGCAGACCCUGGGAAAGAGGUGAUUUACUGAGACGCCUCUCAACAUUCAAUCCUGCAAAUUGGUUUGGAAAGCCCAAGGCUGCUAGUGCUCUGGCCUGUGCCAGAAGAGGAUGGGUGAAUGUGGAUGUUGAUAAAAUUAAAUGUGAAUCUUGUGGUGUGAAUCUGAAGUUCAUUUCAUCAGCUACCUGGACUCCUUCUGAAGGUGAAUCAGGCUGUUAAUUGUUAAUUUUUGCA